AGGUAUAUAUAAUCUGUACUAACCGACGAUAGAUCGACUUCUAUAGACAUGUUGCUUAUAACAUCAUGCAAAUACAGGUUAUGUACAGGUUAUAUAUGUUUCUAUACGCUUACGUCGAGCAAAAUUGCUUACUUUCAGUUUGCAUUUAUUUUUUCCGAAAAAAUGAAAGAACAGGGACGAAGAAGAGGCAGGCGAAAGCAACAUCAGCACAAAUAGACUACAUGGUGGACUAUUUCGUGCAACAUCCACACGUUGCAACAGGCAAGUUUCAAAGCCUACAUGGGAAUGCCGAUUUAAGAGGAUCAUGGGAGCAAUUAGUCGCUCAAUUAAAUAGUAUGGGAAAAGGCGGAAAGACCAAAGACAUAAAGUCAUGGAAAUCAACAUGGCGAGAUAAUAAAACUGCAGUUUCCCAAAAGGUAGCAAAGAUUCGUGCUAAUCAAGUUGCGACAGGGAACGUUGGUGGUCCUCCUAACAAAUUGACGGAGCGAGAGAAAAAGAUUUUAGGUCUUAUGGGUCUUGAUUAUGUAGAGGGCGUACAAUGUCCUGAUUCGUUUCCAGAUGAACAAGCGGAAGCAAUGAAUUUGCUUGCCGCGGGGGACGAAGGAAUUUUAAACAUUAUUCCUGAACCAUUAACAUUACGGAACAGCAUAAAUGACGUAACUACGGAACAUGACAUAAAUUGUAUUGAUUAUGAAGUGUUAGAUGAUAUUGGAGAUUCUAUUAAAGAAGGGUCAUUUAAUGUUAUUCAGACACACUCACAAAUAAAAAAUGUGGAGACUGCAGAACACCAUCGCGAAAUAACAAAAUCGCCGUCGGGUUCUGAAAUUUAUGAAGGUACGACAUCACAAUCGCUCACGACUGUUACGCAGGGUUCGAACAGGAAGCGAAAAGCACCGCAAAUUACAAGACUGAACGGUUGGGCACACAGCUGCAGAAUGCCAGAGAAGAUUUUGGGAUCCUAGCUGAGCGCCAAAUUUCGUGUAUGGAGGUAAGAUCUAUCUGAAAUUCUCAGAAUGUAAUUUCUUUAAAAGAAACGCGUUAUUAUAAU